AUGGCGACGAGCCCAACUCCACCAGGCAACCCUUUGACGCCUGUUACACCAUCGCAUGCCGGUGUAGCGGGAGGCGGAAUGGAAGAACUGUUGCCGCUGGUCCUUCAGUUGACCAAUCCUGAUCAGAGAGAAGUAGUUCUAUUAGAGCUUUCCAAGAAGAGAGAGAGUUUUGCGGACUUGGCUCCAAUUCUAUGGCACAGCCAAGGCACGGUAGCGGCACUCUUGAUUGAAAUUGUUUCUAUUUAUCCGCAUCUGACUCCACCCACAUUAACUGCACAUGCCUCCAAUCGAGUUUGCAAUGCAUUGGCUUUGCUGCAGUGUGUUGCGUCCCAUUCAGAUACUCGGCAACCCUUCCUAGCAGCCAAUAUCCCACUCUACCUCUACCCAUUCUUGAACACCCAGUCCAAAUCGAGACCUUUUGAAUACCUUCGUCUUACCUCCUUGGGAGUCAUUGGGGCCUUGGUCAAAGUGGAUGACACUGAAGUCAUUAGCUUUCUAUUAUCCACCGAGAUUAUCCCUCUUUGCUUGCGUAUCAUGGAAACUGGAAGUGAACUUUCCAAGACGGUAGCUACCUUUAUUGUUCAAAAGAUUUUGCUCGAGGAAACAGGCUUAAACUACGUCUGCGCUACUGCAGAACGGUUCUAUGCUGUCGGGACGGUCCUUUCCAAUAUGGUACAAUUGCUUCAGGUACAUCCUUCGGUUCGGCUACUCAAACAUGUGGUUCGAUGUUAUCUGCGCCUCGCAGAUCAUCCUCGGGCUCGAGAAGCUUUGAAGACUUGUCUACCAGCGUCUUUGCGCGACAAUACGUUUGGUCCUCAUUUGCACAAUGAUCCGACUGUGCAAAAAUGGCUUUCGCAGCUGCUGCAAGUGGUGGGGCAGAAUGCGGAUGGAUCUGAUGCUGCAUCGACGGCUCCCACGGUUGGGACCAGUUUAUCAGGAAGUACUUUGGGCGAAAACUAG